AUGGCGAUCAUGCUGAACGGGGCGCAAGCAUUGUGCCGUAUUUCCUUACGAUCAUUGCCAGUUUUUUUUAAAAAAAGCAGUCGUAGUUUCAGCUCAGAGCCUCCGUUAACCAGCAAGCGAUACCCUGAUCUUAAACGCGGAGACUACUGCGAGAUAACCAACGAUGACCUGGCAAAAUUUAUGUCUAUUCUUGGCGCCCACCGGGUGAUACAAGAUGAUGAGGAAAUUGCACAUUGUAAUACGGACUGGAUGAAGACACUUCGAGGUGCAAGCAAAGUGUUAUUGAAACCUAAAACAACACAAGAGGUUUCUGAAAUUUUGGCAUACUGCAAUUCUAGGAAAAUUGCAGUUGUGCCCCAGAGUGGAAAUACUGGUUUGGUUGGUGGUAGCACACCUGUUUUUGAUGAAGUGAUUUUGUCACUAGGUUUAAUGAAUCAAAUUAUCAGUAUGGAUGAUGUUUCUGGUAUUCUAACUUGUCAAGCUGGUUGCAUCCUGGAGAAACUAGAUAACUUUCUCUUUGAGAAGGGUUUCAUCAUGCCAUUAGAUUUAGGUGCAAAAGGCAGUUGUAUGAUCGGUGGAAAUAUUGCUACAAAUGCAGGUGGAUUAAGGCUGUUACGAUAUGGUUCUCUCCAUGGGACAGUGCUAGGCCUUGAAGCAGUUCUUCCUAAUGGGCAGAUUGUUGAUAACUUAUCUACAUGCCGUAAGGAUAAUACUGGAUAUCACCUCAAACAUAUGUUCAUAGGAUCUGAAGGGACAUUAGGUGUUAUAACUGCUGCAUCCAUCAUGGUUCCUUACUUACCCAGUUCUAUCAAUGUAGCAUUGUUGGGCUGCCGGAGUUUCCAAGAUCUCCUACUUAUUUUUAAAGCUGCAAAGUCCAUGCUUGGAGAAGUGCUAUCUGCAUUUGAAAUGAUGGAUUCAUUGAGCAUUAAAGCAAGUGAAGUUACAGGAAUUCAAAACCCAAUCCAGGAAAACCAGUUUUAUGCACUAAUUGAAACAUCAGGUUCUGAUUCAGCACAUGAUGAAGAGAAACUAACAAAGUUUAUGGAAUUCUUGAUGAAUAAUGAUCUGGUCCAAGAUGGUACCAUUGCCACAGAUAAACAGAAAAUGACAAGUAUCUGGGCAAUACGGGAAAAUAUAACACUAGGAUUGAACAAAAUGGGUUAUACAUAUAAAUAUGAUAUUUCUCUCCCUGUAGUUGGCUUGUAUGACAUUGUUAAAGAUCUUAGAAAUAAGAUUGGUGAUCAAGUGAUCACCAUUGUUGGCUAUGGUCAUAUUGGUGAUGGUAACCUUCAUCUGAAUAUAAUUGGCAAAGAGUUUGAUGCCAACAUAAACCAGAUUUUAGAAACAUUCAUAUUUGAAAGGGUUAGAAGUUGCCAAGGAAGCAUCAGUGCGGAACAUGGUAUUGGAUUCAAAAAGACAAAAUAUUUGCAUUACUCAAAGUCCAAUGAAUGUAUUGAGAUGAUGAAAGCCUUGAAAAAGAUGUUUGAUCCACAUGGCAUUCUUAAUCCAUACAAAGUUCUUUAUAAUAAUUGAAACAUGAUUCACAUGGAUUGUCGAUUAGAUUUAGAAAGACAAUAGAGUAGUAACCAUAGGAAUUUGUUUGAUUUAUUUGACAAUUGCAUGCUUGUGGGUAUUUUAAUUGGGUAUUUGUUAUGUAUGAAAACAAUGUAUAAAAAUUAAUCAAAAUGCAUCGAUUUAAUCCAAAUUUUUUUUCAAUAAAACAUUAUAAAAAUGGUCA